AUGAAUCUCAAUAGAUACAUUUUCUGGCCUCAAGAAUUGAAUUCUAGAAGUCUUCGUCUUCCCAGUGAAGAGUUAGCAGCUAUAGCAAUUGCAUUAAGAGGUACGGAUUAUGUAGUACUUGACGCAGUUCCCAACCAAUUGAUCGACGACAAGGAAUUGGAAUCACCCUAUGCUAUUGUGGGCAAGAGAAAAGCUUACAGUAAUCAGUGGGAAUUUUCUAUUAAGCAGACUUGUAUUAUAGAGUUUAGAGCACCCAGAAUUGAAUUAUUACAAUUCUUUAGUUUGGAACCUAUAUCUUUGAGUUUACCAGAAAAGGAAUACGAUGCCAAUGAUAGUUGUAAAGAAGCUAGAAGUCUAUGUCAAAUUUGGGACCAUCCACGAUACCAAGCUCAUGAUAGAAGGCUAAGGCAAUCUUUAAAAUUGUUAAAUUUAUUCAGUACGCAUUUAGCGGCAUUAUAUCAUAGGUACCCACAUUAUUCAAGGAAAUCUGUCAAGACCUAUAAUAGAAGAAUUGCCCUAUGGAACAGGCUCAAACCUGUACGAAAUUUUUUAGCUAGUAUCUGUUUUUAUGUGACGAUAUUUGCCUGCCAUCUGGCAACUUGCAUCUACUUGAUAUUGAAUAAUGGUUUAUUACCGCUGGUUAACCUAUCAGUUACUGCACGACAAAUAGAUUUGAGAUGUCAACAGAUAUGUUAUUUUCCGGUACAAUACCUGCGAAUUAAUGUGAAUGUUUCCAUACGUAAGGCACUACCAAGAUUUAGAACAUAUUCAGAGGCGUCUGCCAAUCUGCGUAAGGAUUUGCCUUCAAAAUAUUAUCCUGAUUACAUCAGAUUCUACAACACUUUGUGGUUAAUGCUGAACGAUGUUUCAUUUGGUCUGAUAUUUGGAUCUAUUCUAUUGGAGAAAUGUGAUGAAAUCGCUCCUGUCCUUCAUAGAGUGAUCACAUACUGUCUUUAUCAUUGCAUUAAUACUGUAACGCUUGUUUUGGCUCAAAACCCCGUUGGAAUUAAACUCAAUGAAGAAUUGGCGCUUUUCUUAAGUGAUAUGUUCCUAUGGACAAUCGAUUUUUCCAAUUUAAUGUUCAUAAAACCGUUGGCGGAUGUUGGCACUUUGAAAUUUUUCAUCAAUGGAUUGGCUAAGAUGAGCUGUGUAUUCGGCGGAACGUUUGCCCUCUCCAUGAUUCUUGAUUAUUUUUCCAUCCUAUCAAUUCACAUUUAUCUCUUCUACCGUAUCAGCAGUAAAAUAUACCAUUGGCAAUUGAACAUUAUGAUAAGCUUAUUUUAUUUAUUUUGUGGGAAAAAGAAGAAUAUUUUGCGUAAUAGAGUGGAUAAUAAUUUUUUCCAAUUGGAUGAAUUGCUGUUGGGGACUUUGUUCUUUAUCAUAUUAGUUUUCCUGACGCCGACAGUUUUAGCAUUUUAUUUUUCAUAUACCGUGCUAAGGAUGGCAGCUAUCACUAUUGAAAUUAUUCUCGAAUCUAUCAUUGCACUUUUAAAUCAUUUCCCACUAUUUGCACUUUUAUUAAGGAUCAAAGAUCCCAGAAGAAUCCCUGGCGGUAUAUCGUUAAAAUUGAAAAAAAAUGAAGAUGUACCGCAUUUUGAGCUUAAGAAUAAACCCCUAAGCAUUUAUUUUAUGUUUAAACCAUUCGUGGUACUUAUGGAUCACAUUAGAGAUAACUUUUAUUCCAUCAAGACUUUAAAGCAGAUCACACUUGGGUUGCCGGUUACCAUUAAAAGAAAUAGAUUGUACCAAAUAUUGUAUUCAUCGUUACCAAAGAGACCUAUAGAUAUUCACACGUUAUAUGAUAAAUGGGAACAAUUCACAAAUACUAAGGAUAGAAAAUUGGAUUAA